GCAAGCACAUGACGUCACGCGAGGAGGAAGGGGUCCCCCAAAUCCCCUGACCCGACAACGCGCAGGAGAUUUGUAUUGAUCUUCUUUGGCAGAAACGUUUCUAUGGCAACAGGCGGAGAAAUACGCACUCCUAUUGUGAGGAUUACCUGUUUUUUAAAGUUUAAAAAAUCACCCCCUUGGCAAGAGUUACCGACGAUGUCGUGAUAUAACUGACAUUACCGGCGUCGCUUCAGGCUGUCGCGGCUGGUUGGCUAUAUAUUGCUCCGCCCUGGUUGUCGAGUCAGCAGUCUCAAGCAGGCAGGCAGUCCGUCAGUUCAGACUUAGCACCAACACACAGCAGUCAUCAUGAGUUGGGGAUACGGAACCGAGAACGGACCCAAGUCAUGGGUCAACAACUUCCCCAUAGCCGCGGGCAAGCAACAGUCUCCUGUGGACAUCAACUCGACCAAUGUCGAGUUCGACCAGAAGCUCGAGGCCAACCCUCUUUCUGUCAAGUACUUCAUCGAACAGAACAUGGACUUCGAGAACACAGGGUUCUCCGUCAAGGCCAAUAUCCGGGAACCGUCGACUAUCUCAGGGGGCCCCCUGGACAGCACGUAUCAACUUGAGCAGUUCCAUCUCCACUGGGGGUCAUGUGACGAGAGGGGGUCGGAGCACACAGUGGAGGGCAAGACAUUCCCAGCCGAGCUUCAUCUAGUCCAUUGGAACCGUGAUAAAUACUCCAGUUUCGGCGAAGCAGCAGACAAACCUGAUGGUUUGGCAGUGUUUGGAAUCUUCUUGGAGGUUGGCGCUGAGCAUCCGGGUUUCAAACCUUUUACCGACGGUUUAGAUGCUGUCAAGUUCCGUUCCAAACAUGAGCAGGUCAAAGGCCAGUUCAACCCCAAAUGUUUCCUCCCAAACACAAUGUCCGAGUACUGGACUUAUCCCGGGUCUCUGACCACGCCCCCCUGCUACGAGAGUGUCACGUGGAUAGUAUUUAAAGAACACAUGGUUGUGUCGGAGAGUCAGUUAAAGGCUCUUCGAAGUCUGUGUUGUGGGGACUGCGACGGCGACUGCAUCGUCGACAACUACAGGCCACCGUGUGAGCUAGGCAGCAGAAAGAUCCGUGCAGCAUUUCAUUAAUGACUGAAAUAACUGUGGCUUCAACGAUAUCUGACUGACACAAGGAAUGAAGAUCACGUUGACCGACCCCGACUGGCGGAAGGAAUUGUAGAACACUGCAGACAUUGUUUGUGACGAUCACACAACAGGGAUGGACUGACAUUGUGAGAUUUCAUCAGAAGUUUAACAGAGCACUAGAUAUGAAUCAUGAUCAUUAGAAUUCAACUGGGACGAUUCAAUGAGCUGACAUUAUUCAAUUUUGUUCCCGGAAGAACGAAAGGUUGACUUGAGCAUGUGGAGUUGUUGUUUCGUGUAUUUAGAACAUGAAUUAUGGUGGGAAAGCACAAAGGGCUCACAAUUUAUGUUCCACUUGGUGUGAUAUUGUAACCCGAUGGCAAGAACUGAUAAAACGGUUAUUCCAGGUCUUCUGUGGACAACCCAGCGCCCAUAAUAUUGGUCACUGAACUGAGUAUGAGAGGUUGUGGUGUGAAUGGAUCAUGUCAUUUCAACAUUAAUGCAACGUCUUUCAUCAUAUUUUUGU